UAUCGACACGUGGCAAGAAAUUACACCAUAGCUUCGCCUAACCAUGUGUUGCAUGUUUCAGGUUUGCAACGCUCUGGAGUAAAGGACCUGGGCCCCCUCCCAAUUACAAUGAAGCUGUACGUCUUUGUGGGGCUGGUGGGGCUGGCGAUGGGGCACCCUGGGCUCCUCAGGGUCCCCAAGGUGUACAACGCGGUGGUCACCAGCAACCAGAACCUGUCUCCGUCCAGGGCAGUCCCAGUGAUACAGCCAGUGAUUCAUCGAACGGCGAUCGGCUACGUACCGCCAUUUUAUUACACGCAAGUAGCGCCUCAGAGUGCUUUGAGGACCAGCGAGGCGAGCGGUGAACCAGCGGAUAAAAAAGAAGAUAACGCUGGCUCAGGAUCAAGAAGCAAGCAAGGAGAGGAGCCUCUGAGCUUCUAUCCGAAUUACCAAUCGCUCUAUUACGACCCUUACUUUUACUACAAUGGAGUGAACCCUCUGAUUCCGGGGACCUAUUACACCGACUAUCAUCCCUAUGGAAUUCUGGAGCCCAUUCCUCCGUCCACGCCAAAGGAUGGACCCUCUGGCCAUCUGCUUCCGGGUUACCACGAGGAAAAGAAGGACACUGCAAAGCUGGAGAAGGAUAAAGUGCCUGAUGUGCCACCCCCGCCUCUUCCAACAGCGGUACCCAAGAGCUCUUGAAGCGGAAGUUGUGAAUAAGACUAGUAUUAUUUAAGAAAGAGCUUUGAGUUUUAGAGCGUUGAUUUUA